UUGUCAAAGCCCUAUGAGUUGCACCACCAGCAAUGGGGUGGCCCAAAGUUCCACCCGACCAUUCACUCCGGAGCCCGUCUUCCUGCGCCCGACAACCUAUGUCCAAGCAGACGCCACCGCCUUUAAGCAAGUAGUGCAGAUGCUCACCGGAUCGCCCAAAACAGCGAAACAAGCCUCGACCGCGGUCCAAGAUCUGGGGCUGCCUCCCUCGCCUUCAGCGAGCGUGAAACCUCCUCCCUCAAGUAGUCCCAGGAAGCAAGGUUUCAAGCUGUAUGAGAGGAGGAACAAUCUCAGCAACUGUAUCAUCAUGAACACUGUUGUUGCCGGCAACUCAUCUCAGAUAACUCCCGGGUUCUUGUCUUCCGGAUGCGCGGCGGAGAUGUUGUCGCCAAGCGCACUCGAUUUUCCAAAUAAGCUCGUGCUUAGCCCCGUCACACCUUUGAGGGGAGACCCUUUUAGCAAAUCAUCUUCUCCUUCGGGAAUUUUGUCCGAGGAGAAGGCCGUAGCUGAUAAGGGUUUUUACUUGCACCCGUCACCGAGAAAGUCUCCCCGAGAUGCCGAGCCGAAGCUUUUGCAGCUCUUCCCUACAACUUCAGGUGCUACUUCUUUCACAGAGAGAUGAAGAGACACGAUAUCCAGAGCCAUGGUAUCUCUCUCUCUCUUGCUGGAAUUACUAACAUUGUAUCUGAAAAAAAAUCUGUGGUAUGGAGGAGUAAUUUCUGAAGGACUUCUGAGGAACUGUAAAGGAUGGCAUAAAAGAGAAAAAUCAUGUGCUCCCUUAGUUUGUACCGUCUCAGCAGGUUUAACAGUCUGUCUUCACCUGUUUUAUUAGACAAGCAAAGCUUCACUGUCCGUUGCUUCUUCACAAAAAUAAUAGCUUCAUCUAGUAUCAUAUCAUAUAUUUCGCGGUCACAAUGGAGGUUCCAUCGCACCA